AUGAAAUUAUUCUCGUGGGCUAUCUUACACAUUGACAACAUUGCUGCCAAGGCCCUUUCUCCUCCCAACUUCCAGGUGCUCCGAAGUGGGGGAGCUGGGACCCCAACCCGGUUCUGUCCGGCUCGGGGGCCCAUCUCCUUCACACCUGACACCAGGCCCAGGGGGUGGGCGGGCGGGCUGUCCCAGGGCUGCCUCCCUCGGUGGCAGAGGCGGCAGGACAGGCCCCGGCCCCGGCCCCGGCCCGGCCCCGGCCCGGCCCCAGCCCCGUCUGUCUCCCCUCCCCAGGCAGCCGCAGCUCCCGGACACCCCGCCCUACUCGGCGUCAGACUCCAGUUCUCCUCCCGACGCCAAAGAACCUCGUUUCCACCAACCAAGAAGAGAAAGUGCACAGAGGUGCUGGAGGACCCUGGGGACUGCCAGGUGUGGGCCCAGCACCAGGACCCUGGGGACUGCCAGGUGUGGGCCCAGCAUGAGGACCCCGGGGACUGCCAGGUGUGGGCCCAGCAUGCCCGAGCAGUGACAAGUAGGAGUCACAGCAGUGAAGUGCAAGACUACGACAGUGAGGGGCUGAACGUGAUGCCUGUGGACCAGUGUUCUCCUACUCUGAAGUGGCAGCCAUACCAAAGUGUUCCUUGGCACAGUUUAUUAAAUGGUCAUUAUGAAAAACUACCUGAUUUAGGCUAUCGAGUUGUCACAGACAAAGGAUUUAAUUUUUCGCCAGCAGAUGAAGCUUUUGUUUGCCAAAAGAAGAACCAUUUUCAGAUAACCAUCCAUAUCCAAGUUUGGGGAAGUCCAAAAUUUGUCAAAACUCAAAUGGGCCUAAAGCCAAUAGAAAUGUUUUACUUGAAAGCUUUUGGGGUUAAGGUAGAAGCCACCAAUCAAAUAAUUGCUAUUGAACAAUCGCAAGCAGAUAGAAGCAAGAAGACUUUCAAUCCUGUUAAAAUUGACCUGCCGGCCGACCAGGUCACCAAAGUUACACUGGGCCGGUUGCACUUCAGCGAGACUACGGCAAAUAACAUGAGGAAGAAGGGAAAGCCAAAUCCUGACCAGAGAUACUUCAUGUUGGUGGUCGGACUGUAUGCUGCGAACGGAGACCAGUUCUAUCUAUUGUCUGCCCACGUCUCUGAACGGAUCAUUGUGAGGGCCUCUAACCCUGGUCAGUUUGAAAAUGACAGUGAUGCACUAUGGCAGCGAGGACAAGUUCCCGAAUCUGCUGUUUGUCAUAGUCGAGUGGGAAUAAAUACAGAUGCACCUGAUGAAGCCCUGGUUGUCUGCGGCAACGUGAAAGUGAUGGGGACCAUUAUGCAUCCCUCGGACAGCCGGGCAAAGCAGAACAUCCAGGAGGUCGACACAAAUGAACAGUUAAGACGAAUAGCCCAAAUGAGGAUCGUCGAAUAUGACUACAGACCAGAAUUCGCAUCUUCGAUGGGAAUAAACACCGCCCAUCAAACAGGAAUGAUCGCCCAGGAGGUGCAAGAGAUCCUGCCUAGAGCCGUAAGAGAGGUUGGUGAUGUCACCUGUGAAAAUGGAGAGACGCUGCAGAACUUCCUCAUGGUUGAUAAGGACCAGAUCUUUAUGGAAAAUGUGGGUGCAGUGAAGCAGCUCUGCAAACUAACCAACAACCUUGAAGAAAGGAUAGAAGAGUUAGAAAUAUGGAACAGAAAGCUGGCCAGGCUAAAGCGACUCAAUAGUUGCAAGUCAUCAGCCAGCGAAGCAAGCUCAAUCAGCAAAUUUAGCAGAGCGGUUAGUGCCUCCUCUCGGAGAAGGGCUGUCCCCCAAAAAACCAACAAGGUUUGUUUUUCAGGAAAAAAACGGCUGUGUCCUAACUGGGUUUUCCAGACCUUGGUUAUAACUCUCAUCGCUGUGAUGGCAUUUUGCGCCCUGACGAUAGUCUCCCUUUACAUACUCAGCUUAAAAGAUCAAAACCGACGUGCCCCAAACCUCCCUCUGAGCAACAGCACCAGCUCUCGGGAGCCGGCCCCGCCGCCCACAGCCUCCCCCUCAGCACCUCCUCCAGCCCUGGCGACCACACAGGCCUCCCUCCAAGUCCCAGAAAUCACUUUCUGUGAGGUCCUGCCCUGUCGGGAGACUUACUGCUGCCCCAUCUGGGGAAAGAGAAGAGUCCCCUCAAGUCCCGUGCGGAGGCGGUCCCGGGAGGAGGACGCCCAUCGGGGGCCGAGGCGGUCCCGGGAGGAGGACGCCCAUCGGGGGCCGUGGGCAGAGAUUGAUACAACCAUUAGUUCUAUUCAGAUUGUGGAGAUCCAGCAAGUAAUAGAUCAUCGGUAUUGUGGUGGAGGCCUCCAGUGCAGCCCUGGGAAUUACAGUUACAAUAUUCCUGUUAAUAAGCACACACCUACCAAUGUCAAAUUCUCUCUGGAAAUCAACACAACAGAGCCAUUGAUAGUCUUCCAGUGCAAGUUCACCCUUGGAAAUCUAUGUUUCCAUGGUCAGAGGGGAGCCAGAGGGACACAGAGCCGCCAAGUGGUCUCCCAGGAGAUGACACAGGGCUAUCAGCACAUUUGGAGCCUCCCCGUAGCCCCAUUCUUUGAUAGCAUGUACCAUUUCCGUGUAGCUGCACCGGAUUUAGCUGACUGUUCCACGGAUCCUUAUUUUGCUGGGAUAUUCUUUACAGAUUACUUCUUUUACUUCUACCGGCACUGUGUCUAAUUUAUUCAAGUUGGUUGAGGACUUCACCAAAGGAAAAUACUCGGAAAUACAGGCAACAGAGGCAUCGCCUCUUGCAAUUUCUUUCUUUUCUUUGUAAAAUAUUCACGUUUCUUGCCAUAGGACUUUUUCAGGCUUCGGCUCCCAGCAGUUUUGAGCCAUUAAUGAGGAGAAUAAAGUGUUUGCUGCAACUUGA